GGUGGGAAGUUCGUCCGGCGCAUGCGCUCACAAGUGCCUAUCUUUCUAUAAGCUAUUCCUAGAGCCACGUGAAGCGCGUCUGGUCGCAGACGGCAGAACAUUGGAUUGUUCUCCCACCCCACAAUGCCCCGCGCUAGUGGCGCGCGCGGUGCUUCUGAAGCUUGAGCUUGAGCUGGAGGAGAAGAGAGGGGCCUAGUCGGUGUGUUGUGAGAAGCUGAGCGUCUGCUAUGGCGGCUGCGCUGCUAGCCCGGAUUUUAUCCCCGGUAGCCGGGCCGCGUUAUGUUCUCAGAGCCAGUACUACCUACUCAGUGGAGAAGUGGUUUUCAAAACACAUUAGUUCAGAUAAUCGCCCAAAACAUCCCAUGACAGCAUAUAUGCACUUUUACAAAGAUCACCAAUCCCGCUAUAGGAAACAAUAUCCAGACAUAAAUAUGUUGGACAUAGCAAAAAAGAUAGCACAUGCUUGGAGGGAGCUGCCAGCAUCUGACAAACAACCUUAUGAAGCAGCUUCCAAGGCUGACAGUCAGGUCUAUAAAGAACAAAUGGCCACAUUCAAAGCCCAGUUAACUCCUGCCCAGGAGGCAGCUAUGAAAGAAGAAAGGAGAAAGAAAAUGGCAAAAAGAAGAGCAAUGAAGAAAAGAAGGCAAUUAACAGUGCUUGGGAAACCUAAAAGGCCCCGUAGUGCCUUCAACGUCUAUAUGUCUGAACAUUUCCAAGAAGCUAAAGGCGUCUCAGUUCAGGGAAAGAUGAAAAUUUUAUUUGAUGAAUGGCAGAAGAUGACUAGUUCUCAAAAGAAGACAUAUCAGCAGCUUGCUGAGGAUGAUAAGAUCCGUUAUGAAAAUGAAAUGAAGUCAUGGGAGGAGCAUAUGAUAGAUAUUGGACGGGAAGAUCUUAUACGUUAUAAAUUCAGAAAAGGAAAGUCAAAAGAAAAGAAAACUGCAGCAAAAGCAAUUGCAAAAAAGAGGACUACAACCUUAAAGAAGCCUUCGGGAAGCAAAGCAGCCUCACCAGCAACGAAGGGGGGGAAAGUAAAGACAAAGCAAUCUGAAGAAUAAAUUGGAUAACUUGUAUUUCCUGAUUGCAAGUGUUAAUGCGUUCAUUGUGUGUCACUUGGCUGAAAAGGAGUGCGAGUGAAGUCAUCCGCUUUAAAAAAGGGGGGGGGGGAAGAAUCCUGAAUGAGAGGGUUUUACUUUUCCACAAGCUGUCAAGCAAUUAGAAUAAAUCACGCUGUGAGAAUUUAAGCAAUGCUGAUCAUGAGAGAGGAGGUGCUUUCUCCCCCCCCAAUGUGUAAAUAAGCAUUCUCUUAUAAAUUAAGACUUAUUAAAAAAUCCAAACAUCUGUAUAAAAUCACUUUUUGUUGCUUACUAGGAAUUGAAAUUGGGGAUAGGGUGCAAGUGUAUUUAGUGUGUAAAUAAUGCUUGCAAUCAUUGAAGAAAGCAUGUAUAUUUGCUGCUUGUAAUUAAAAAAACUACUGGAUUUACAUAUUUUCAAUAGUGCUCUUCAUCUACACUUUCGUAAGUGUCUGCAAAUAAUGUAUAUUUAUAUUUCAUAGGCUACAAAUGUAGUGAGGUUUUAUUAAGAUAUCUCUUGUUUUCCUCAUUUUAUCAAAAUCUGAAUACAGACCAUUUUAUCCAUUUUAGAGAGUUCUGUAUGUGAAAUAUAUUGGAUAGCAUCCAGACCAGUCUUGCAGCAGUGUAAAUGUUGCUGCACUAGUGGAGGGAUAUAGCUCACAGUUAUGCAAAGAAGCACACUCAAAUUAGUUGUGCACAAUCUCUUGCACAACAACCUGGAAUAUAUAUGCAGAUUGGGAGCAACCUUGCACAACCUCUUGUACACACCUUUGUUAGCAUUUGGAGUGGUGAUAUUUUAAUAUUAGAGUUAAGUAUUGAUAGAAGCCGUGGCAAGGCCAAACAUAUAAGCUUCUACCCUUUUCCCCUUCACAAAACUUCCAGUCAGCCGUUGUUCAGACAUGUCUCAAUACUGUCUGGAGGUAGUUGUCAUCCAGGGAACCAGGUUAUACUCCAUAGGUAGCCUCAGUAUAGUUAUAACCAAAGGGAAUUGCCACAUGAACCCAGCAAAUAAGACUCCACAGGUAACAUAGUGGAAAACAAAGCAAAUCUUGAGAAAACCCACAGGAGUUGAUCACAUAUCAGUCUCGUACUUCUGUAUAGAUGCACGGAAAAGGAGAACUUUGUAUGUAACCAAUCUAGACUCGACAUUGGAAUUGAUGACUUAUGGACUGGAAGGCACCUGUAUGCAAAUUAUUGUAUGGAAUACAGAGGCUUUCCUCAGAUCUUCACUGGAAGCUGAGCACCGUCAUCCAGCUGAUUAAGUAAUUGCCCUAUUUUGCUACUUCUCUGCAUUUGUGAUGAGUUCCUGAAUAAAUGGUUUGUUUAUAA